UAGCCAUAAGGCGAUCUUAAAAAUAACGUACGGACUAUGAAUACGGCCCUAAAUAUGGCCGCCAACUUCGCUCCACUCGUUUUUAGUUCGGUACUUUCUGGUUCACGUCCCAGGUCCCAGGUAGCGCUGUAAACAUCGUUCUUCUUUUCACAAGAGAUGAGUUUGAAUUUCCUGCCUGUGAUUUUAGGCUUGAGGUUUGAGUGGUUUAACGAAAGUGUCAUCGAUUAUUGUGACGUUCAGUUACAUUGAAUGAAUGUCCAAACAUCACGCAAAAAGUUAUAUAUACUCACAGGACAAAUAUUACAAAACUUCAUACAAUAUAUUUUACGCUCAUGUAAUUUCCAAAACUGGACUUUUCCGAUAAUGUGAUUCUAACCAAUUCGAGAGACACCGAUUAUGUUUUAUACGCGUUGCAAAUAUUUUUGCGAAGUUACAACUUAAAUAUAUAAAAAAACCCGAAACUUUUAUAUUUAUGUAUAAAUAAAGAACUUGAAAAAUUUAUAAUGAUAAAUUUACAUAAUUGUCUUUUUCAUAUUUGUAUGAGAAAAUGUGUGGCCUGUGCUCGAAUUUCGUCACGAUAUUAUGCAAAUCCUUCGAAACAUCCUACAGCAAGAAUCAUUGUUAUUGGCAAUGAAAUAUUAAAGGCACAAGUAAAGGAUACCAAUUCUUAUUAUAUGAGCGAUCUAUUGUACAAAUGUGGUAUUGUAGUGAAAAAGAUCUCUGUCAUAAGCGAUGAUGUUGAGGAAAUCUCUGAAGAAAUUAGAAAUGCCUGUGACAAGUACACUUAUGUUAUAACAUCUGGUGGAAUUGGACCUACACAUGACGAUGUUACAUUUGAAGGACUUGCCAAAGCCUUCAAUGAUACUUUACAUUAUCAUCCUAAAUUGGUGGAUAUAAUAAAACAUCACUUUAGAGUCAAGGACGCUUCAUCUGUUGCUUACAAAAUGGCUCAAAUACCCAAAAAAGCAUCUCUGAAAUUUGGUAUCAAUCCAGAUACAGGCAAACCAAACGCUUAUCCGUAUAUAGUACUAAACAAUGUUUAUGUUUUUCCUGGCUCACCUGUAUUUUUUGAGAAAUCCUUCAAAUGUUUAUAUAAGGAAUUGCUUUCCACAAACGGAAGAUUUGUAAAAGAAGAGGUAUUUAUACAAGCUUGGGAAGAAGUAUUUGCAAAUGCUUUAUCAACCGUAGUAAAAGAAUUUCCUAAUGUUUCUUUUGGUUCCUAUCCGGUGAGCAAUUGCAGGUAUUUUAAAGCGUUCGUAACUAUAGAGAGCGAUAACGAAAGUGACACCAAGAAAGCAAAACAAAGAUUUCAAGAAUUGAAUCCGGCAAACAUUUUCGUCGAUUUCGACCGGACUCCACAUAUAGACAGUCUCAUCAAGUACAAUAAUUUUCUUCAAAAAAAUUCCUCACGUUCGUCACUUUACGAGCGAUCGCUCGAAAAGUUUAGACAGUUUUAUAGAAACAACGAACAUGUUUCAAUAUGUAUCGAUGGUAGUAUAGAAUCAAGCGUCAUUGUUCAUCUCGCUCAUAUAUGUAGAGUCCAAUUGCAUUCGAGCGACAAGUUGCAAGUAGUUUACUUCAAGGAUGAACAAGCGCCACCGAAGUUGGAAGAAUUUCUCAACGAAAUGGUCAACAAAUAUAACUUAGCCGCAUGUAUCGUGAAAGCUGCGCCCGAUAAAAGGAUAAGCAAAUUAACAUUUCUGCAACCACACUUGCGAAUAUUGUUAGUUGGCAAGGUUGGAGAGACCGGGGAGAAUCAAGUUAAUCGUAACUAUAGUGGCGCAGACCAAUUGCGGAUCGACAAUCCUUUGCGUGAUUGGACAAACGAAGACGUGUGGACUUUUGCCUCGUCGUUGUACCUGCCAUACGAAUUUUCUUUGAACAAGAAAACGAUAAGGAGAAGAGUUAUUUCUAGACUUGUGAAGCACGACAUACAAUCAAGAAAUAUUGCAGUAGCGAUGUAAUGGUGAACGCGUACGAAAAGCAAUGGCUCUGUAAUCGAUAAUUUAGUGGAGCACAACCGGCAAGGAUCGAUGUCGAUCAACGCGGUAUCAAAAUUGCGUCGCGAAUCCGAUUUCAAGUUUCUUCAAAAAUCUGCAAGUAUCUUUCGUCCGGGAUAAUAUUCGUACAAGAGCGACGCGCGGCACAAAAGCAACUUGGUAUUGUCUACGUACUUUCAAUAUGUCCGCUCAGCUAUCCGAGUAACGAAACUGGAAUGUACAUGGAAAAGAAAGAGAGAGAGAGAGAGAGAGAGAGAGAGAGAGAGAAAGAAAGAAAGAAUGAGAGAAUGAGAGAACCGUUGGGGGU